CUCUCUCUAAAUAAAUACUUGUUGGAAAUCUGCCCUCCCACUGGUGUCUCGGCGUAGUGUCAUUCACCGAUCACACACACAGGGGCUGCAUUUAAGCCUGGGAGAUUUGGGGGGAAGCGACAGAGCUGAUGCAGGCUUAAAGGCAGGAAAAUCCCAAAAAAACAAACUAACAUCAUGAGUAUGAACUACGCGUCGGCGGCGCCCACGCAGAGGUCGACGUCGUUUUUCAUUGAGGACAUCUUAUUGCACAAACCCAAGCCGCUGAGAGAGGUCAUUCCGUCACCGUUCUGUAGCUCCCUGGCCUCCCGGAUGCCCAUUCUGGAGUAUGGAUAUCCGCUGAUGCCAACCCCAAUCCUGGCGCCACAUCCGCACCAUCCUCUCCACAAGCCGGAGCAUCACCAGUACUUCUUCACGUCUGGGAUGCAGAUGCCGGCCUUGUUCCAGCACCACGCGGAAUUACCGGGGAAGCACUGCAGACGCAGGAAGGCCCGGACGGUUUUUUCCGACUCGCAGCUGUCCGGCCUGGAGAAGAGGUUCGAAAUCCAGCGGUACCUGUCCACGCCGGAGAGAGUGGAGCUGGCCACGGCGCUCAGCCUGUCCGAAACACAGGUAAAAACGUGGUUUCAGAACCGGCGGAUGAAGCACAAGAAGCAGCUGAGGAAGGCGCAGGACGAGCGGAAGACCCCCGGGGAUCUGGAGAGGUCCGCGGACAACUCCAGCGAGAGCGAACUGAACGAUAAGAGCGCGGAGGAGCUGAAGCACGGCCUGGAGCCGGACUCGUACAUGCUGGAGGAGAACGACGAUGAUGUGGAUAUCGAGGACGACAUUUGCUCCCCGGACCAUCUACUAUAGUAGGCUGCAGAGUUGUUUUCUAAGCAGCGACUUUCACACUGUAAAUGUACUGUAGAUACCACUGACUGUCUUUCCCUUCUAUUCCACAUAUAAAUUAGCCUACUGUUUAAAAAUAAUGUGGACGGGGGGCCACGCAAAGUGGGCCCAUUGAUUUUCUACAGUUGCCCCUUUUUCUCUGUGUAGGCCUAUAGGCUAUGAGACUUUCCUACUGUCAUGCCUGGCGAGAUACAGGAUUUAUGGCGCUAUUAUUAUUAUUAUUACUAAAAUAUUAUUAUUAGUUUAUUAUGAAAUUCCACACUUUGUAUUUGUUGUUGUGUCUUUUUUUAUUUCCAGAUGGACAAUUAGUACAACUUAUUCUAAAUAACCCAAUCGAAUAGCUCUUUGCUGUGUAACAUAGCGCAUCAUGCUCUCCCAUCCUCCUGCACUUUUAACACAAACGAAAUUUUCCACGCUACUCUUUUUAUUGUUAGGCUUUUUUUUUUUCAAUGUGUCUACUUUUUUAUAUUUUAUUUGCAGUUUGUCUAUAUUGUUGGAAGUUUUGUAAAUCAAGUUUUGGUCGAAGACACUGCCCUGGCAUUUUUAUUUUGUCUGUAAAUAUAUAUAUAUAUAUAGUAUAUAAAUAAUGAAUCGGUUCUCGGCUGCGUCUAUUCUGUUGUUUUACAAGCCCAUUUUCCUUUGGGGUUUACAUUUUCAUACCUGAUUGAGGUGGGAUGAUUUACAAAUGUCUGAAAAAUAAACACAUAAAUAUAGCCUACAA